AUGCGAAGCCACCGGAGAGUGCCAACCGCAAGCGCCUUGGCUUGGCUGGCUUUGCCUGCAGCCGCCCUGGCUUGGAGCUCGCAGGUGUGGAUCGGGUCAUGGCUGUGGCACCCGAGAAGGGGUGCAGCCGACUUGGUCGUGCACUCUCUGCCCGGAGCCGCAGAGGAGCCUGCCAGUGGCGCAGCGAACAGCAGUUCGUAUGCCAGCAGACCGAAUUGGCGGAAGCGAUACCGCCGCGUGCUGCCUUUCGAUGAGGCGCGCCGCUGCGUCCAGGCCAUCGGCUUCGGGAACCGCGAAGAAUGGGAUGAAUGGGUUGCCGAGGGCAAGAAGUCGCCCUUCUUGGGACCCUAUGUCCCGAGUGACCCAGAAGCCAUGUACGCGGAAGAGUGGCAGGGCUGGGAUGAUUUCCUUGGCUGCAUCCUACCAUUUAGCAAGGCGCGCCUGGUCUCGAGGAUGCUCGGCCUGCAGAGCCAGGAAGCUUGGUACACCUUUGUUGAGGAUGACCCGGUGCGGUUGAGGAGCUUGCGGCUGCCUGCUUUGCCAUCCAUAUACUACAGCUCUGAAUGGCAGGGCUAUGAGGAUUGGCUCGCGCUGCCCAACGAGACUCUGUUCCCUUUCCUGGCAGCGGCCUGGACUCCGCCAGAGCUUUCUCCGAGCGAUGAGUUUCGCAAUCAGGAGUUGCUGCAGCAGUCUCUAUUCGAGGAGUACUACCACUUGGGGACAGGCCUGGCGCAGGUGACCCCCAAGCUUCGAGAAAUGGCCCGGGCUGCCUUGACCACCUGGCCAGCGAUAGCAUUUGGUAUUGCAAAUGGCCUCUACCACUUCUGCUUCUACCGGGAGGACUGGGAUCCCGACGCUGGCCUGCCACCCUCAGCCAUGCUGAACAUCGAGGACAUGGUGCUGGCCGAACAGCUCCUCCAGGUGUCUGUCGCCUUCAGCCGCUGCUUGGACUCUGCCCAGGACCCCCAGAGCUUUCUCGUCGGCAUGUGCCAGCAGAAGUUGGCCUUGCUGUUCCUGGUACAGAACGAACUCGGUGCCUCGCUCGCCGAAGGGCGGGAGCUGAAGGAGUCGGCAAGAGUGCUCCGCGCAGCGCAGGAAGCAUUUCGACUCAUGAAGGAGAGCCCUUACCACGCAAUGCUGGGUGCCAUUGGUUGGAGACUUCCCUCGCAUGUGGCCCUGAAUGACGAGCUGUACCCGCGCACGUUUGGAGCAGUCUGGCCAUCAAGCAGCUUUCCCUACGCCGAGUUCCUGGAGUCGAACUUCGAAGUCUUUCUUCAAGAGUUGCAAAGCAUUCUGGCCGAGGAAGGCUUGUUCGAACAGUUGCGACGGGCAGCUAGCAACGCCGAAGGGCUGGCAGUGUGGCCGCCUGACACGCGCGGCCACAUACAACUGCUUGAUGGCAGAGAUGAGUCGUUGUUGCUGCCGACGUGCGCCUUUGCCCAGCGAAGUUGCGCUUUGCUGGCCUCUCGACCCGAGCUCGCGGAUUGUCCCCGAGCGGCGGCCUUCCUCGCAAGGCUUGAACCCGGAGCGUGGCUGAAACCGCAUCUAGGCAACUCGCGUCGCCUUGCCGCCCACCUCGGGUUGGUGACGCCUCCCGGCGCAGUGCUCAACGUGGGCUCGGCACGAAGUCUUCCUUGGGGUGCUGGGCGGACGGUCAUCUGGGACGAUACACACGUCCACGAUGCGCGUCACGCCGGCAAAGGUACCCGCUACAUUCUGCAAUCCUUCUUCUGCCACCCUUGCGAGCAAAAGGACCUAUACAGAGGCCACCCCUCGCCGGAAGUGCAGUCCCUGGCCUCCGAUGCGUCCUGCGAGUUCGCAAACCCAGUCCGCGCAGAGGUGUCUCGAGCUCUGCGGCAAGAGAUGGAUGAGCGCGAGAGAGCCUACAGAGCGAUGCCUCGCAUGACCGUGAACGGCAUCAUCUUGCUUGUGCUUGCGUCUGGUUUGGCCCUCGCGCAGGCCAGGCUGCUGCGCAUGCAAAGCACAGGAUGCCUGGACCGCACAUCCAAGCACUUCACCACGCAGCCCAGGCUGCAGACGCAGACGGAGCCCAAGGGUCUUGUUUUAGCCGCACUUGGAGCUGGCCCAAAGUACUGUUCGGCCAGCCAGCAGAAGUUCCCCGCAGGGGAGAUGGCUGACGCGGAUGUAGAGGAGUUGACCCAGCGACCAGAGGAUUUCGAUCUACCCACAGUGGAGGAUGCCAUCCGGUUUAUGGUCACCAGAUUCCUGGAGACGACGCACCGAAGAAAGCUUCACGAGAUACUGGCCUGCAAGUGGGACAGGUACCAGUCAGCACAGGCAGCGGUGAAGCUGCUUGGCCAACAUGGUGUCGAGUUGAGCCCGGAGGACGAAGCGCACUUGUCCGGCUUGGGCGACUCAGAGCUGAUAGAUGCUUUGGUUCAGAAGAUACCAGAGCAAUCCAGCGAGCAGUUCCAAGCCUUUUUUCUGGAGCUCCAGCUCGUAGUGUCUGCUGCUCUCCGGAUUCGGAAGGGCUUGGAGGAAGCCAAGCCGGAUGAGGUCUCACAAGCCUUAGAUGACGUCGAGCUGUCCAAUGUCGGGCCACACGUCAUGAAGAUGGCUGUCGUCCAGGCUGGCAGCGACGUGAUGACACUUGGGUUGCAACACAAAGCCUGGAUCCAGGAGUCCCAGCUGAAGCUUUCCGUGCUCGUCAGAGGGCAGGAAGAAGCCAUGGCUGCGAAGAAGAAGCUCGCAGCUGCUAAUGCUGUCCUGCACAACAACACCGUCUCUCAGAAUGAGAAGGCCAAGAAAGUGGUGGCGACCUUCCUGCAUGGAAGUGUGACCGCCUUGCUCAAGAGUGUUCUCGCUUCGUGGCUCUGCAUCAUGCGACGCGAGAAAUCUGAAACUGCUGUGCACCGCGAGUACAGAGACCGCAUAGAGAGGAUGCAGAAGCAGCUGGCGAAGUGCAAGCAAGACCAGUUGGCAAUGGUGCGGUCUAUGUUCAUGCGGAAGAGCGCCGCGGGAAUAUUACAGCUCAAGCGAGAGUUGUUUGCGACCUGGCGAGAGGAGGUCGAAGAGAGCAAGAUCGACAAUGAUGUUUGGCUGGAGGUGAAGAAAGUGGAGAGGCAGCUGGCCGCGCUAAAGGCGACACAGGCUGGUCGGAUGAAACAAGUGAUUGAGUCGGUAACGGCAGUGUCUUACACCGGUCUGAUCACGGCGUGUAUCAGGGCCUGGCAGGGGGAAGUUGGCACCAAGCGCAAGGAACAGGAGCUUCAACGGUGGUUAGUCACUACCCGCAAGAAGCUCGCACAGCUGCAGGAGGCAAAUCGGAGUCUGACGCGGACUACUUGUGCACGACUAGCAGAGCAGUUUGAUGUUGGAUUGCUCAGCAUCGCCAUGCGUUCCUGGGUUCAAACGCUGCAGGAAGCCAAACAGAGCAGCGGCAUGGCCGAGAGCUUGUCCUCUGUGCAAGGCAAGCUUUCGACUUUUGGGGCGAAAAAUGCGGUGUCGGCACUGAAGACGAUGGAGCAGGCAUCUGACUACUUGGAUGAGAUCCUCACGCUGAGGUGCUUUCACGCCUGGCGGCUGGACCAGAAGAUGUCCAUGAUCUCUUCGCAGCAUGGGGCAGUGAUUGAGGGAAAGCGGACACAACUACAGAAUGUGCAGUACAUGUUCCGCACCUUCGCCCUGAAGCUGGAGGCAGAGGCCCAGGAAAUGAAGAAGCACAGCUGGAAGCGAGAGAGGCGGAUACACAGCAAGGGCGAGAACACCGUGUCUCUACCGGACAUCCAUGCCCGGCCUGGCGCGCAGCAAGGGCCGGAUGAGAAGGGUGCAAUCGGUGCGGGUGCAGGCCUCAGUGGCGGAGAUUGCUCGAGGUCACUUGGUCCUCCCUGCGUUUCGCUGCGGCUCUCCGAAGCCCUAGCAGCAUCUAAUUCGGAAGGCUCAGGUCCUGAGUACGAGUGUUCCGUGGCAUCUGGCCGCUUGGGUGACGUCAGCCGUCUGCCCGUCAAGUCUCCGGCCCGAGUGCAGCCGCCAAUGACCCGCAGGUUCGAGUGGCAGCACGUCCGGUACAGGUUUGCGCGAAGCCCAGCACAUCAGCACCCUGUUUCCGGCUCGCAGAGAGCGCCGGUGGCGCCUCUCCCAGAGGCCUGUUGCUGCAACCUGGCAUCUUGGGCCCUUUGCAUCAUGCAGCCAGCGAAGAAGGCCCGCCUUUGCUCGAGCACUGUCAAAGCCCCGAAGCUGGUGAAGGUUGCAACCUGCAAUCUAAACCAAUGGGCCAUGGAUUUCAAAGGCAAUCUGGAACGCGUGAAAGAGUCCAUCAAGGAGGCCAAAGCUCAAGGCUGCAGCUUCCGAACCGGUCCGGAGCUGGAGAUUACAGGCUACGGCUGCGAGGACCAUUUCCUUGAAAACGAUACGUUUCUGCAUGCAUGGUCUUCAAUGGCCGAUCUGCUAAAAACAGACUUGACGGACGGCAUUCUCUGCGACAUUGGUAUGCCAGUGAUGCACAGAAAUGUCCCCUACAACUGCCGAGUUUGGGUUGUGAACAGAAGCAUUCUGGGUAUUCGGCCCAAGAUCUUUCUAGCGAAUGAUGGCAACUACCGCGAGAUGCGCUGGUUCACGCCCUGGCACAUAGACCCCGGCAAUCCUGGGUUUGGUGAGCUUGAAGAAUACUUCCUGCCACGGGAAAUCGCAGAGAUUACCGGGAAUGCCAAAGUUCCCUUUGGAAUUUUCGCGGUUUCCACGAAAGACACCUGCCUCGCGACGGAGACCUGCGAGGAGCUCUUCACACCGGACGCUCCGCACAUCAAGCUGGCGCUGGACGGUGUGGAAAUCAUUGCGAAUGGCUCCGGCAGCCAUCACCAGCUCAGGAAGCUGGACAAGCGAAUAGACCUCGUGCGGGGAGCCACGUCCAAGAGCGGCGGAGUGUACCUCUACGCCAACGUGAAGGGCUGCGAUGGAGGCCGACUCUACUUUGACGGCUGCUGCAUGGUAUGGAGCAAUGGCAAGUUGCUGGCACAAGGGACUCAGUUUGGCAUGCUGGACGAGAUAGAGGUCGUGGUUGCGACUGUGAAUCUCAACGACGUGCGCUCCAUGCGUUCCAACUUUAUAGCUCGCUCCUACCAAGCAUCUUCAACACCGACGGUGCACCGAGUCGAGGUUGACUUUAGCUUGUGCCAUCCGGAUCCGCUUUCGAUUUCCGAAUCGCAGCCCAUAGAGCCAAAGAUCGUAAAUCCGAUGGAAGAGAUCGCCUACGGACCGUCAGCGUGGCUCUGGGACUACCUUCGGCGAUCUGGGCAACGAGGGUACUUUCUGCCACUGUCUGGUGGGGCAGACUCAUCCUCCACUGCAGCGCUGGUUGGGAUCAUGUGUCAGCGAGUCUUUCGCGAGCUGACAGAAGGCACGGAGAGGUCCAAGGCCUUGGUGCUCGCGGACAUUCGGAAGGUGACCCGCCGGCCCUUUUACACGCCGCCUUCCUGGCAGGAUUUCUGCGGCAAGAUUUUCGUCACUUGCUAUAUGGCCUCAGAGCAUAGUGGAUCGGAGACGAGAUCACGAGCAGAAAACCUGGCGAAGCAGAUAGGUGCUAACCACACCUCAAUUGCGAUUCGGCCGAUAACUGAUGGAAUAGUGAAGGUGUUUCAGCAAUGCCAGUUUGAAUCGGACAAGAUUGACAAGUCGAAGGUGAAGGCUGAUGCCACAUGGAAUCAGAGCGGCACCGAGGACAUCGCCCUGCAGAACAUCCAAGCCCGAAGCCGCAUGGUCAUGGCCUACUUCAUGGCGCAGCUCAUGCCCUGGGCGACGGACAAGGCGAUGAAGGGCGAGGUCGGGCCUGGUUGGGGCUCGCUGCUGGUCCUGGGCUCCGCAAAUGUGGAUGAAGCCCUGCGUGGAUACUACACCAAGUAUGACUGCAGCGCGGCAGACAUCAAUCCGAUUGGUGGAAUCAACAAGCGAGACUUGAAGGCCUUUCUGAAAUGGGCCGCCAAAGAGAAAGGAAUCGGAGAGCUCGAGAAGGUGGCGAAUGCAGUUCCAACUGCAGAGCUACGGCCUGACAAGGCACACGAUCCUCGAAGCAUAUGGGCCAUGGCAGCCAUGAACCUUCGGAGUGGAGGGCCGGCAACUUGGGCUCUUGUGGUUAUCCUUGGCCUUGGGGGAGCAUGGCUCCAGCCAGCGAAAGGCCCGUGGGUCCGCCAUGGGCGUGUUGGCUUGCGCGCCACAGGGGGUGCCGAAGCUGUCGACACUGACGACUUGCUCGUAGCUUUGGGCCGCAACCUCUGGGCUGCGGCGGACGAGCUGCUGGAGGUCAGUGCUACCCUGGCCGCCCUUGGUCUGGUUCCAAGAUCCGACGAUGGUAACAGUCGCAAGUUUUCGCCAUUGGGGCUGGGUUCAGCAGCACUGGCUCUGCGGAAUGCUGCAGACAACAUACUGGAUGAUGAUUGGGAGAAUGCCAUGGGGGAGCUAGAAGUUGCUUCUGUUUCCUGCGAGGGCUACCUGCCCUCAGCCUUCAUGCAGGGUGUGGUGGAUCUUUUCUCCUACGAGGAGCCGAUCCCCGAGUGCGAGUGGUCUUCCGCACGGCAGUCUUUCCGGGGACUGUCCCGGAACCUUUUCAGUAUCGCCGAUCGCCUCGGCCAAUCCUCAAACCCGCUUGCCGAGUCCUUGCGCUAUGCUGGGGAGAAGCUUCGGAGUGCGGGGAAGCUCUUCGUGGAAGGCGGCUUUCAGAUGCCUAAGGAUCCGCGGUUUUCGCGGGGAGAGCGUGGCGAGUGGUCAAGUCAAAGCCAGCAGAGCUAUUACGGUAACUUCUAUUCCAGCACAGGGCCAAGCCCAGAAGCACAGCUGGCAGAAGAAGCGCCUCCAGGAACACCAGCGGCCAAGUUAGUAGAAAGCAUCAGGCUAGAAAUCGAGGAUGCGGAUGCAGGGGGCCCGCAGGAACGCCGCGCACUUUUGCGCAAACUGGUUCGACGUCUUCAUCCGGAUCAAAAUCCGGGAAAGGAGAUCGAAGGGGGGAAGAAGGUGGAGGAGCAAAGUGAUGAGAAAGACAUGGGCAUGUCCUAUGAUGAGCUGGGAGACCUAGGACAUCUUCGAAAGGUGGAGAAAUGCGGCCCGCUCUCCACUUUUUUGAAGCUGCGCCAGCUGUGGUCCCACAAGACCGCAGAUUGGACGGGCCCUCAGGAUAACGACCGCGCAAUCACACCUUCAAUUAGGGUCAAAGAGCAGCCCAAGUCUUUCGACGAGAAGGUUGCGCAGAAGGUCAAAGACUUCUACUUUUACAAUGCGAUCAACAGGCAUAAGAUGACUACGCUGACACCAUCGUACCAUGCGGAGAACUAUUCUCCCGAUGACAAUCGAUUUGAUCUGCGUCCUUUCCUUUUCCCAGCGACCUUCGAAGCACAGUUCGAAGCGAUCGAUGAGGCGCCCCAAUGUCAGCCCGAAGUGGGUGUGGCAUGCGUCUGCCGAAGUGGCCAGUGGAAGAAUAACAAGAAAGAGAAAGCAGAAGGGGAAGAGCGAGAGGGAGCCAGUGUUCUCGUGCUCUGCUCCAAGGGCACCUGCGGUUUCCGCUCCAUCCAACAGUUGGUGAAUGACAUAAUCACGGAGCUUCUCGAUUCGCGUCCGCAGCCACUGACUGCGCCAGAGCUGAGGAAAAACUUGAAGCCCCGCCUGGUCGCUUUGAUACUGGAUUCGAUUGCGGCGGAAGGGCUCAAUUUGCAGCUUGCCAACGAGUCACCGCAGAAAGCGGAACGUGGGGGCAGGCAGAGGCAAGGAAAAGCCGUUGCUCGCUUCGGUUCUAUCCCGGAGCAGGUCACAGAUAGCCUGGCUCGCCUUGUUGUGAGGCGCCAGUGCUCCGUCUGUGGCAUUCCUCAUUACUUGGCCGUCGUCGACUCGGAAGAUGGCGACAGCGAUGCCUGGGCCAGAGCAGCCUUUGCACCAUAUCGACGACGUGCCUCCGCUGUUGUCUACGCGUGGACGCUGGCAGGAGGCGAUGAUGGACCAGGUGUCGAGCUGGUCAGCGAGUGUGCCUUGGCCAACAAGGACUAUGCGGCCUCCGCUUGGGGUGGUUUUGAGACGUAUAUGAGUUCCUUGGAUCAAGGUCUCCUUGCUUUGGCCGCACUGGUGAUAGGCAACCAUGUUGGUUCUUUGGCUUACCAUGCUCAUGACGUUGACAUCGUCUGCAUGCUGCUUCCCGCUUCUCAUGUGAGCCUUGAGCCGCCGAACCCUGUCGCGAUGCUGCGCUACCGCACGCUGCUCUGCUUUUUUCUGGCGGUGGUCCUGCUCUGCAUUUUCGCAAACGCUGCAGUUCUCUAUAGGGGUGGAGUGUGGCGCGCAUACUUUCUACCCACAGAGGACGUAUGGGACUCCAUCCACGAACACGGAAAAGGGCUGGCUGGAGGAAUAUGGGGGUACAACCAAAGCAAACUUGAAAACUACACGAUGAUGAGAUACUUGUACGAGAAGCCCUACGAGUCCAUUUGGGAUGUUUCGUGCAACGUUGGUUUUAUGUUGGCCAGCUUGUUGAAGAGGCACCCCGGAGCAAAACACUACGGUACGGACAUCAGCAAUGUCAUGGUUGCGGCGACACGUGAGAACUGUCCCAGCUGUAUGGCGACACAGUUCGACCUAGGCAACCUAGUGAAUCCAGCGAUCUCCCCGCAAGAGGUGGUGUAUGCAGCAUGGCAUCAAGAAGAUGCUCCUCGCUUCUUUGAUGUAAUCCUGGUCUCUGAUGUCCUCCUGUUUAUACGCUGGGGUGGGAUACCCCCUAUUUUGCUGCGAUGCAGCUGCUGCUGUUCCAUGUUUCGGAAAUGGGCCCUGCCAUCGCAGCGCGCUUUCAUCAAUAACAUUGCCAGCCUGGCAAGGGAUGAGGUGGUUUUCUCAUACAACCAAGGCAACAUCAUUGUUUCCACCAUGAUGCAAGAGCUUGGAAUCGAGUUUGAUAAGAAGCACUCCAUCUACAAGGUACCAGGCGCCCCUGUGAAGUCAAGAGACAAGCCGGCGAGGUCGUCUCGACCUUUGCAGCUGGGACUGGCGGACUGGCUGGAUUUUACGAAGAUCUCACUCUAUCCAGCCGAUGUGGUUUCGGACCCGCUUGAACUCUUCUUUGUGGUAGCCUGGGGCAUUUCGUCUUGCUUGGGAUGGUAUGCACAGCUCUUCGCUGUGGCUGCCGGGGUGGAUCCACUGGCCUUGCCGGACAGCGUGGCCUUCCGCUUGCAACAGCUGGAGAAGUAUUUCCCCUGGUUCUUCGACAAUGGCCAGGAGUUCGCCAGCAAGAUCCUACCACAAAGGCUGUCACAGGAAAGUAUGCCGUUCCUGCCGAAAGAGGAAGUGGAGAUGGAUGAUCUUUCGGAGAAGACACCGAACUACAAGCCAGAAGGGGUGCUUGCAGCAAUGGUGUUCAGCGUACUGCUGCUCAAUUUUUUCAUGCUUGGAAAGCCGCUGCUGUUCUUGGGCCAUGUGGUGUUGAUGGCCGCGGCCUUCCAAGCUUUCCUGUUACUUGGAACGUUCAGUAAGAGCAGGGCCAUUGCCGUGCAAGACCGCCGGUCUUAUGAGUUACGCAUCACCGAACCGAAUGUUGCCUGGGCUUUCGGGAUCCAAUUCGCCUCUGCUGCGCCACUUCACGCAUGCAACGUUCAACAUUCUGGUUCUCUUCUGCUCUAUCGGUGGGUUUCUCUGCAUGUACGGGAGCCGCUUCCUGGCGCACAAGUCCCCUGCUCCCCUGUCAUCGAAGUCCUCUUGGAUCGGGACCUGGUUCCUUCCGAGGUCACACUGGCUCUGCUCUUUGUGAUGACAUUCUCGGGAGCUGCCAAGAUGUUUGCAGGACUUACAUCCGGCAAUGCCGAUGAUGUGGCGAAAUUCCAUUCGCACUUGGGUAAAACCCUUUAUGGCUUUGCGGGGGUCAGUCAGGUCCUGGGCUACUUCAUGCCGGAGCUACUGUCGCUUCUGCUCACUGUGAUCCUCAUCGCCUCGACAUCGGCCACGAUCGCCUUCCUGAACGGUCGCAGUCCUGAAGUUGUCAAGCGCAUGAAGAGGUUCGACAACGGAUCCAACGAAUCCUCCUGGGAGCCAGCUCGGGAGGCGUCCUUAAAGGUGGCCAAGCCCACCUACCGUCCGGCCAUAUCCAGCGCAGCAACGACCCGGAUCGAGAGCUUGCGGACCAUCACACGGCGCAACUCCUCCAUCACCAGCAUCGGGGCAGGCAUGCCCAGAUUCGAGGGCCCAUCUGGACAUGAGCAAGAAGACAAUCCGUACAUUCAGCAAGACGAGAAACCACCACUAAUGUCAAUGUUUGCAGUGGCGGUAUUCAUUAUUGGCACAGGCGGAGCCUUGUUGCCGAACAUGCAAUCGUAUCCACACCGGCUUUCCAUAGUAAGGGCUUGUUGGAAGCAUCUCUUGUCGAGCUGUAGCUUGAGUUUUAUGUAA